AUGCCGGUAAAAGAUGAGACGAAAGGACCCAACAUAGACGAGGGCAAUAUGGAAGUAGGCCCUGGCAAGCAGGCAAGAGUCGGGGGCUGGAGAGGCAUGCUCAAUUUUCUGGAGAAGCGUGGAGAUGUCGAGCUCAGAGGCUGCACACCGGUGCCGUAUGAUCAACGGAAUGAGACGAAGUACUUCAACAUAUUCACGCUGUGGUUCUGCCUCAGCUGCAAUCCUUUACCGGUCACCUUUGGCAUGGUGGGAACCAUGAACUUGGGUCUCAGCCUCCGAGAUGCCUCACUCGUCAUUCUGUUCUUCACUCUGAUCUCGACUGCACCAGUGGCCUAUCUCUGCACGUGGGGCCCAAAGACUGGUAUGCGACAACUGGUUCAGGCCCGUUUCUCUUUUGGAAAGUACCUCGUCUCUGUACUUAUCUUGCUGAAUCUUGCCACGCUCACCGGGUUCUGCGUCGUCGAUAGCAUCAUUGGCGGGUUUGCACUGUCUGCUGUCAGAGAUGGGGAGACUAUCAGCGCGACGGUUGGUAUCGUCAUCAUCUGCCUCCUCGCACUGAUCAUCUCCUUCUGCGGCUUCCGAGUGCUACACAUGUACGAGCAGUGGGCAUGGAUUCCCGCCCUGAUUGCUCUCAUCGUAGCUGCGGGAUGCGGUGGGAAGCUGCUGAGCCAGCAGGUGGAAGCCCCUCUCGCUACCGCAGCGCAAGUCCUGUCAUUUGGUGGCCUCGUGGCAAGUUUCAUGUUACCUUGGGCCGCACUCGCAAGCGACUUUUCGACAUACAUGCAUCCCAAAGCAUCCAGUUUGCGGAUCGCAAUGUACACGUACAUCGGCCUUGCUCUCCCAACGAUCCUGCUCAUGACACUCGGCGCAGCCAUGGGCGGCGCAACACCCAAUAUCCCCGAAUGGCAGGCUGGCUACGACUCCAACGCAGCUAGUGGUGUUCUUGCAGCCAUGCUACAUCCCGCAGGUGGUUUCGGCCGCUUCGUCACCGUCAUUCUGGCUUUUUCGCUGCUUGGAAACCUUGCAGCCACCAUGUACAGCGUCACCCUGAACCUGCAGAUGUUCAUCCCAUGGCUGUUCCGCGUUCCACGAGUGUUUUUCAGCAUCCUCAUCACGGGCAUCGUCAUUGGCGUUGCCGUCGAAGCAGCAAAGAGCUUCUUCGUGAACCUAGAGAACUUUGUUGCAGUUAUCGGAUACUGGUCCUCGGCGUUCAUCGGCAUUGUUCUUACAGAGCAUUUGCUAUUCCGGCGGGCAAGUUUCGCGUCGUAUACUGAGGACGAGACGGCAUGGGAUGAUGCCAAGAAGCUUCCGCCAGGCCUCGCUGCUAUUGGCGCUGCAGUGCUGUGCUCUGGCCUGGUUAUUCCGACUAUGGGGCAGACGUGGUACACUGGUCCGAUUGCAGAGACUACGGGCAAUAUCGGCUUUGAGGUUGCUAUCGUGCUCUCAGCGCUGUUGUAUGUGCCCUUGAGAGCUUUGGAGAAGAAGACAUGCGGUAGGUGA